GAGAAAUAUUAAGAAACUAAAUAAAAACUAAAAACUUGAAAAUAAAAUAGCAAUACAGCUCAAUAAAAAAUUUACCUCAUGUCGGGACGUCCUCUUUCCUUUAAAUGGUAACUAACAUCAAUUCCCAUAUUUCCAUGGAAACCAAGCGAAAAUACAAACAAACCUUCAGUCAGAACAACAAUGUAUUCUGCAAACAUCAUAAACGACGGAGAUUUUACCAAAACCAUCUACACACUGAUAAAAGAUAACAGAUUUGCCGAUGCCAUUAAAGUUCUUCAUAGCAUUUCAGAAUCCAGCUCGACCAGAGCCGGUCUUUCCCUAUUGGCUUACUGUUAUUUUUAUAUUCAAGAUUUUGUGAAUGCUGCUAAUUAUUAUGAAAAACUUACUAAUUUGUAUCCAGAGGAUCGUGAUUAUAAAUUGUAUUAUGCGCAGGCGCUUUAUCAAGCCUGUUUAUACGAAGAAUCUUAUCAGGCCUGCAACAAGCUGGCAGAGGAACCGGAUUACAAUGAGAGAGUGACAAAAUUGCAGGCGGCUAUCAAGUAUAGCCAAGAGGACGUUUUAUCUGCCAAAAAUUUAGUCGAAAUCUCAAAUCCGAACGACCCAGAUAGAGACGUCAAUUUGGGAUGUCUCUUAUAUAAAGAUGGCAGCUAUGAAGAAGCACUUACAAAAUUCACAAGCGCUCUACAAAAUCAGGGAUUCAAACCUUUUCUAGCUUACAAUACGGCCCUGUGCUAUUACAGAUUGAAGGAAUAUGGUUCGUCUCUAAAAUAUUGCGCUGAUAUAAUUGAAAAGGGCAUUCGAGACCACCCUGAACUCAGCAUAGGAAUGCAGACUGAAGGCAUUGAAGUUCGAUCUGUCGGAAACACAAUAACUUUGCACGAGACUUCACUCACAGAAGCGUUCAAUUUGAAGGCAGCCAUCGAGUAUCAGUUAAAAAACAUUGAAUCUGCAAAAGAAGCCCUAACUGACAUGCCACCAAGAGCAGAAUACGAACUAGACGCUGUGACCUUACACAACCAGGCGCUCAUGAAUUUCGACCAAAAUCCGACAGAAGGUUUUGAAAAAUUACAGUUUCUUCUGCAGCAGAACCCGUUUCCACCGGAAACUUUUGCAAAUAUUCUUUUGUUGUACUGUCAACACGAAUGUUACGAUUUGGCAGCUGACAUAUUGGCUGAAAAUGCUCAUUUGACGUAUAAGUACUUGACGCCUUACAUGUACGAUUUUUUGGACUCCAUCAUAACUCAGCAAACGUCGCCUAGCGAGGCGUAUCAAAAGCUGGAUGAACUUGCUAGUCGUCAUACAGAGCAGCUCAGAAAAUUAACCAAACAAGUUCAAGAAUACAGGAACCGUAAUGAUACUGAUUUGGUUAAAAAAACCGUUUUAGAUUACGAAGACUGUUUAGACAGGUAUAUACCUGUUUUAAUGGCACAAGCGAAAAUCUACUGGGACUUGAAAAACUAUGCCCAAGUUGAAAAAAUAUUCCGAAAAAGUGUUGAAUUCUGUAAUGACAAUGAUAUUUGGAGACUUAACGUAGCCCAUGUUCUAUUCAUGCAAGAAAAUAAAUUCAAAGAAGCUACUGGCUUCUACGAACCUCUAGUAAAGAAAAAUUAUUCAGACCUACUAAAUGUAAAUCCAAUCAUCUUAGCCAACCUUUGCGUUUCUUAUAUAAUGACGUCUCAAAACGAAGAAGCUGAAGAUCUUAUGAGAAAAAUUGAAAAGGAGGAAGAUCAAAUUGCUUUUGAAGAACCAGAAAAGAAAAUUUUUCAUCACUGUAUUGUCAAUCUUGUUAUAGGAACCCUGUACUGUUCCAAAGGAAACUACGAAUUUGGUAUUUCAAGAGUUAUAAAAUCUUUAGAGCCUUAUGACAAAAAAUUAGGAACUGAUACCUGGUUUUACGUAAAACGAUGUUUCCUCAGCCUUUUGGAAAAUCUGGCUAAACACAUGAUUGUGCUAAGAGAUGCUAUCAUUGAAGAAUGCAUUCAAUUUUUAGAAAGUUGUGAAAUGUAUGGAAAAACAGUACGAACAGUUGCAUAUUCUUCAUUGUCAGAAUUUAAUGAUGUUCCAAAUGGAAAAGAAACUGUUACCUAUGAAGCGCGGAAGAUUAAAUGUUUAUUAAUUAGACUGUUUAAUUUUGAAAAUUGAGUGUAAUUAAUCUGUAGAGUUAACAUAUUAAAAAUAAAAAUAUAUGUUUUUGUUUUCUUUAGCCUUAAAAUUGUGCUAAAUGGUCCAAAUAUAUAUUUGUUGGAAAAUAACUUUAAAAUUUGUAUAUUAUCAUAAUAAUUUACAAAAUGUGCAGUCUUCAGUUAAGUAUUUCUAAAAAGCUUUUUAAUUUUUACUUUAUAGAAACGAGACGUGGGCUAAUUCUCCACGAUGAAUCUCAGGAACAAUUUAUUCAGAAAAUCUAAGCGAUUUCAAUCAAGUAAAUAAAAUUUAUGGACCCGAUAAAAUUUGACAGUGAUUUGUCUGAAUGACAUGAACUUCAAAUUACAUAGUCUGUUGCAAAAACCUUGAUUACGAUGAAUACCCUUUUACAUUUAAGCUUGAUUAAAAUUUAUGAGCCUGAUAAAUUCUGGCAAAGCAUGAAAAUACCUUCUGUCGAAAUGACAUGAAAUUCAAAUUACUCAUCUGUGAAAGUUCACCAGGUUCGUAAAUUUUAAUGAACGUCCUUGCAACUGGCUGACUAAUAAAGUUAUGGGAUCAUUAGCUAUUUAGAGACAUUGCAACCGGGUGUUAGUACAGUAUAUAAAAUUGAAAUUUAUAUCUGGCUUUAAAAACAAUUAACAAAAUCAUGUCCUAGCCAAAACACACCAUCAUUUUUUUUUUAAUUAAGUAUCAAAGUUUUAACCUCAAAAGCAAAUUUGUUUGGAGUUUUGUUGUAAGUAGGUACUAGUAGCCCAAGAGCCCACUGCAAAUGUUUACCGUCAUCUGAUAACGAAAUGAAAUAUACCCCAAAAGCAUGUAAAAACAUUGUAUUUUAUCAAAUGACACCUGUGCCUAUCCCAAUCCUGAGCAAAGUGGAUUAAAAAAAUUAUUUUAUAUUAAAAAAAUCACAUAAAGCAUGACAGCGCUAAUUUUGUUUGCCCUUAAAGAUUUCCAGAAAAUAACAUUCAAAUAUACCUUGAUGUAUAUCGUUAAAGGGAAACAUUUUCUUCCUCUUAACAUGGCACAACAAUGGGUCCUAUGAUUGAACGUUUACGUUAUCCGUAACGUACAUGUUAGGCCGAGUUUUAACAGCAAAGAGACUAAUUCGUAUGAUGUAAAGUCUUUCAUAACACAUUACUGUUAUUUUCCGCCUGUUAUGUUCUAAUUUAACAGGUUUCCAUCAUACGAGCUUACCUCGUUACUUUUAAAAUUCGG